UAUAUAUCAAAACUUUCACUCUAAUAAUUCUCUCUCCCUCUCUCUCUCUCUCUGCUACAACUUACAAGUAUAAGUACUUGUCCUUCUUACAUAUAUAUUGAUCACCGAUUUAUAACAUCUAAGAAUGUUGUCAAGCAAAGUUAUCAACGAAUCCCACGGACAAGACUCAUCCUACUUUCUUGGAUGGCAAGAAUACGAGAAGAAUCCUUUCCACGAAACCCUUAACCCUAGUGGGAUUGUUCAAAUGGGUCUUGCUGAAAACCAGCUUUCAUUCGACCUAAUAGAGUCGUGGCUUGACGAUCACCCCGAAGUCUUGGGUUUGAAGAAAAACGAAGAGUCAGUUUUUAAACAUUUAGCUCUGUUCCAAGAUUACCAUGGCUUGCCGGCUUUCAAAGAUGCCAUGGCUAAAUUCAUGGAGAAAAUCAGAGGGAGCAAAGUGAAAUUCAAUACAAACAAGAUGGUGCUCACAGCUGGCUCAACCUCGGCCAACGAGACUCUAAUGUUCUGCCUUGCUAAUCCAGGAGAUGCCUUUCUUAUCCCUGCACCUUAUUAUCCAGGGUUUGAUAGAGAUCUCAAGUGGCGGACAGGAGUAGAGAUUGUUCCGAUCCAUUGUGUAAGCUCAAAUGGGUACAAGAUAACAAAGGAAGCAUUGGAAGAGGCGUACGAACGAGCUCACAAACUUAACCUAAAUGUUAAAGGAGUUCUCAUAACGAAUCCUUCAAACCCUCUUGGAACUUCCACCACCCGUGAGGAGCUUGAUCUUCUUCUCACCUUCACAUCCGCCAAGAAAAUCCAUAUGGUGAGCGACGAGAUCUACUCGGGGACGGUGUUUGACUCUCCUGAGUUCACCAGCGUUCUAGAAGUGGCCAAGGAUAAGAACAUGGAUUUGGAUGAAAAAAUUCAUGUUGUUUACAGUUUGUCUAAGGAUCUAGGCCUCCCUGGAUUUCGCGUAGGCUUGAUUUACUCAAACAAUGAGAACGUGGUGUCAGCGGCGACCAAAAUGUCCAGUUUUGGACUUAUUUCUUCCCAAACUCAGCAUCUGCUAGCCAACUUGCUGUCUGACGAAAGAUUCACGACCAAGUACUUGGAGGUGAACAGGAAGAGGCUCAGAGAGAGAAGAGACAGGUUGGUUUCGGGUUUGAAGAAAGCCGGGAUCGGUUGUUUGAAGAGCAAUGGGGGUUUGUUCUGUUGGGUUGAUUUACGACACCUCUUGAAAUCCAACACGUUCGAGGCCGAACACUCCUUGUGGACAAAGAUUGUAUGUGAAGUCGGUCUAAACAUCUCUCCAGGCUCAUCUUGUCACUCCGAUGAGCCUGGUUGGUUCAGAGUUUGUUUUGCCAAUAUGUCAGACCAAACACUCGAGGUUGCUAUGGACCGUGUACACGGUUUUGUAGAGGCCAUGGUGAUGAAUACUAAUCUUGGUAAACAAAAGAGAACAAUGUGGGAUUCAAGGAGAAGAUCUCUGAUCAACAAAUGGGUCUCCAAGCUAUCCUCUGUUCAAUGUGAAUCAGAACGUUGAUGAUUUUUUCUCCAAGAUUUUUCUCGAUUGCUUUCCAAAUUUUCUGUUUCUUUUUUAAUAUGGUUUUUCACCCCAGAUCCGGCACAUGCCAUUGUGGAGUUUAGCGCUACAAAAUAAGAAAAAAGUAC